AUGUCUUCAUACGAGAUCAAUUCAUCUUCUCUUCCGGUGACCAUCUCUUCUCCCGGCGGGGAGCUGCCAUCUCAGCAGACGAACCCGUUCUUGAGAGCUGGGGGAAAUUCUUUCUCACCAUCAACAUUACGUUCAUCCUCCAAAUCGCUUGGUGAUGUUGCCGGGGAGUACGGGUUCGGCACCCCACAGCCCUCCAUUUCUAAACUCUACACUUCCAUGGACAACUGGUGGGAAGCUGUAGAAGACGCUGGAGAUGAUAAUGUCUCUUUAGAUAAUCUUGUCGUCGGGAUUAGUACUGCAGCUAGUACUGACUCUAUCAUGUGGGAGCGACACCUCAAUAACGUGUCCGAGCUUACCUUUGAUGGUUCCAAUCCAGAAGGCGGUCUCCAGUCUGACAAUUCUGGGCCCGAGUAUUCUGGUGACAGCAGCGACAUGAACUCCAACUCGUCGUUUUCCGAUGACGAAGAUGAUGAUUUAUUUAAUGCGACGUCCCCACCGUCAUUCUCGUAUGCGGACCUGUUCGAAAUGUGUCUCAAUGGGCCAAGGUCUCCCAAAAAGAGGUAUCGUUCUGGUUGGUGGGAAGAUAUUGGCUCUAAAAGAAGCCUGUUUCCAAUAAGCUACACCAAUUUUGAAGAUUCGGAUCGUCUUCCUUCUAUUCUAGAGGAGGAUGAGGAGGAGUCUAAAGAUGAUAUUGCUGUACCCACCGCUGCCUCCACCACUCUUUCAUCGGAGCAGCUAGACGUCUCCGGUUCAGAAGAGGUUACUCAGUACCUCAAAUAUUCAGGGUCCGAAUAUUCUGGUAACGGCGAUGAUAUGUCUUGCUUUUCUGACGAUGAAGAUGAUGGGUUUUCCUACGAGAUUCUAUCACCAUCAAUAUCAUAUAUAGACCUACCAAGCGUAUUUCCCGAUGUACCGGAGCCAGAUUCAAAGAAAGGAUAUCGUUCUGGCUGGUGGGAAGAAGUUGGCUCGACAAGUAGCCUGCUUCCGAUAAGUUACAUGGACUUUGAAAAUUCAGAUCAUCUUCCUACCCUUUUGGAGGAGUCUGGUGAUGAUAUUGAUACAUCAAUCAUUACCUUCACCCCUCCCUCAUCGGAGAAGUUGGACGAUGUCGUACCCGAGGAUAGCCUUCUCACUCUGUUGGAAGAGUCUAGUGAUGAUAUUACUACAUCUAUCACUACCUUCACCACUCCCUCGUCAGAAGAGGCUGAUAGAGUGUCUAAGCUUGCCGUUGACAAUUUCAAUCCAGAAGGAGUUGUUCGGAGCCUUGACUAUCAUUCAGGGUUCGAAUAUUCUGGUGACGGCGAUGAUAUGUCUUGCUUUUCUGACGAUGAAGAUGAUGGGUUUUCCUACGCGGUCCCAUCGCCAUCAGCAUCUUAUAUAGACCUACCAAGCAUAUUUCCCGAUGUGCCGGAGCCAGAUCCAAAGAAAAAAUAUCGCUCUGGCUGGUGGGAAGAUGUUGGCUCGACAAGUAGCCUGCUCCCGAUAAGCUACACAAAUUAUGAGAAUUCCGAUCUUCUCCCCUCAAUUCUGGAGGAGGAUGAGGAGGAGUCCAGUAAUGAUAUUACUAUAUCCGCUACUACUACUUCUACUCGCUUGUCGGAGUGGCUUGCCGAUAGCUUGUCAGAGAACCGUCUUCCCACUAUUCUGGAGGAAGAUGAAGAGAAUUCUGAGGAUCAUCUUCCCACUGUUCUGGAGAAGAAUGAGGAGGAGCCCGGUAAUGAUAUUGCUAUAUCCACUACUACCUCCAUCACUUCCUUGUCGGAGUGGCUGGCCGAUAACAGCUUGCCAGAGAACCGCCUUCCCACUAUUCUGGAGGAGGAUGAAGAGGAGUCUAGUAACGAUAUUACUACAUCUAUCACUACUACUACCACCCAUACUCCCUCGUUGCAGCAGCUUGUCGAUAGCGUGUCCGAGCUUGUUGACAACUUCGAGUCAGGAGUGGGUGUUCGCUCUGACCAUUCUGGGUCCGACUACUCUGGGGAUAGCGAUGACAUGUCUGAUGCAUCAUUUUCUGAUGAUGAUGAUGGUUUGUUUCAUGUACCUCCAUCACCAUCCUCGUAUGCAGACCUAUCCAACAUAUACCUUGAUGGGCCAGAGCCGUCUUUCCAAAAGAAAUACCGCUCCGGUUGGUGGGAGAAUAUUGGCUCCAAAAGAAGCUUAUUUCCGGUAAGCUACACGGGGUUUGAAGAUUCGGAUCGUCUUCCCCCUCUGCUGGAGGAGUCUGGUGAUGGUGAGGCUCUGUGCGAGCCUUCUCACAGCCGGGGAGAGACUUCAGAUACUAGCUGA